AUGAAGCUACUUUCAAUCCUCUCGCUAUGCGCAACUGCGGCGGCAUUACCUGCAACAUUUAGUCUAUCACCACGAGCCUCGAUCUCAAAAGCCGACGGCCUCAAGUUCAACAUCGAUGGUGUGACGAAGUACUAUGCUGGUACCAACUCUUAUUGGAUCCCUUUCUUGACGAACGACAAUGAUGUCGACGUAAUCAUGGGUCAUCUUGCUACGUCAGGCCAGAAAAUACUCAGAGUAUGGGGGUUCAACGACGUCAAAACCAUCCCUGGUUCUGGCACAGUAUACUUCCAGUCCUUCUCCGGAUCCUCUGCCACCAUAAAUACAGGUACAAACGGUCUCCAGCGCCUGGAUGCUGUAGUCAAAGCUGCGGAAAAGCACGGCAUCAAGCUCAUAAUCAACUUCGUGAAUAACUGGACCGAUUAUGGGGGUAUGGCCGCCUACUUCUCCGCCUGCGGCGUAAGCAGCAACGCACAAUGGUACACAGCGGCCAGAUGUCAGGGCAUGUACCAGAGUUACAUCAAAGCCGUCAUUGCCCGCUAUCGCAACUCCAAUGCUGUGUUUGCGUGGGAACUCGCCAACGAGCCGCGCUGUAAUGGCUGCCAGACGUCUGUCCUGACUGAAUGGAUCCGCAAGACGAGUAACUACAUCCGUUCUCUUGACUCAGACCACAUGAUCACCGUCGGCGACGAAGGCUUCGGUCUCCCGGGCGAUGGUUCCUAUCCUUACCAGUUUGGUGAAGGCAUAGAUUGGGAGGCAAACUUGAAGGUGGGAAACAUCAGUUUCGGUACCUUCCACCUCUACCCUGACAGCUGGGGCGUGAGCAAUGCGUUUGGCGACGGCUGGAUCAAGGCACAUGCGCAGAUUUGUAAGAAGCUCAACAAGCCGUGUUUGUUCGAAGAAUAUGGUGUGCCGAAGAAGGAAGAUCAUUGUCCGGUGGAGGGUGGCUGGCAAAAGACUAGUCUGUCGUUAAAGGAUAGUGGUAUGGCGGCGGAUUUGUUUUGGCAGCUGGGUGACACCGUGAAGAGUACUGGACAGCUGACGCAUGACGAUGGACACACGGUCUACUAUGGGAGUGCGGAUUGGAAGUGUCUGGUGGAUGACCAUGUCAAGGCUAUUGGGUAG